CGCUCCUGCGCCUGGCUGGGUUUGAAUGCGUUGUGCUAGCUGGCAGGCAGACCGGCUGGAGGGGACGAGGAUGCUUUCGGCGGGGGCAUGAGGACAGGAUGGGGAGCUCGGUGGCGAGCCAGCUAGAGGAGAAGCAUUUGUGCAAGGAGCCGGAGUCCAGUCAGUUGAAGCUCCAGUGAUCCAAGGAAAGACUCGUCCAGUCUCAUGUCUGACUCUGCCCGCUGCCCGGGCGCUGACAUGUGGGGGUGACACGCCAGGCAGGGCACCCCCGCCCCACUGCAUGCAGGGGGCACUGGCGGGAUCCGUGAGCACCGCUAUUCCCAGCCUCUCGUCGAUUGCUCCCUGGUUCCCGCGUAUCCUGCCCCGAGGAGACAGCGCUGCCCGUGGUGCGGGGCUGCCUGCCUGGCCAGGCGAGAAGUGGCUGCGAUUAACUUGAGGCUUGUGCUACUUUGUGGAUAACGCCUGAUGCUUCUCCACUCAGGCUCCUCCAUCCCGCCCAAGAGGAGUCUAGUGCCACUUGCUGCUCAGUGCCAAAGGGGGAGAGCGGCAGCUGCCAGGGCACAGGCCUCCCAAGGGUUAAGAGACUCUGUCCCUACCCCAAGGGUGUGAGUGAGAAUUCGUCUGCAGAGGUGCAUGUGCAGCAGUCUCCUCGGCUGCGGCUGCAGUUUGGUGUGUGUGAAAAGCAGCUCUGCUUGCCGAAGAUGCUCGCUUGGUGUGUCCGAAGCCCUGUGCAUGGCAGCAGAGCCCUGGCCGUGCCAGCUGGGCUCGCUGUCUGAGGGGAUUCCAGUCACCUGCCCGCUCCAGCUUCUGAGAAGGGAAAGGAGGAAUCCAGACUAAUGCUUUCAGCAAACAAACCAUGCUGUCACCCCAACAUGCUCCUCUUCAGAAUGUCACCCUGGUGGUAUUUUAAUUCACCACGUCGUAUGGAAGCCCACUGCCGGCCACGCACAGACCAAGAGUGCCGCCGAAGAGAUGCUGUUGAAGGUGCGUUAGCAAAACAGCGAGUCAGUGCUUAGAGUAACGGUUGUGCCCGUCAUGUGCUGUACUCCCGCACAGGUUCCUCGUCGUUCCAGCUACUACAGUGGCCAAACUUCUAGUUCACAGCACGCUGCCAUGUGUGCCUGAGUCGGGAUGCAGCUUAGCAAAGAGUAAUGGAAAGCAUUAUCCAGGAAUGCUGGACAUGAAAAUGAGUUGAACAUGAUGAAAUCUCCUGUCCCUCUGGGUUGCCAAUCAGUGGUCAUCUAACCCCAUCUCAGAGGAAAACCAGAAGAGCUCCACUCUAACUUCUGUAAGGUUUAGUCCAUUAUGGAAGAUCAAACAAUUUUCUGGCGCUGGUUUUGUGAAAUUCAGCUGCUGCCUUGGACCCUCCAUUUGAAAAAGAAAUUAACAUUGAGGAACAAUUAAAGAGGAAAAUCAGCUCCAGAGAAUGAGCACUGUAAGUGGCACUGGGAUAUUAGUCAGCUUAACGACGGUGUCUGUGACGCUAGAUUUUCGUUUGCAUGGUGGUCUGAUGGCUUGGCCCUUAAGCAACAAUUUGACUCUGAAUCAGAGUUUGCCCACGUCCGACCCUCUUAAUGCCUCUGAGUGGGGAGAAGUCUCUCGUGUGUCCAUGAGGGAGAAGAACUGGCCAGCCCUCCUGAUUUUGGUUAUCAUUCUGCUGACUAUUGGAGGGAACAUCCUUGUAAUUAUGGCUGUCUCCUUGGAGAAAAAGCUACAGAAUGCCACAAACUACUUCCUAAUGUCCUUGGCGGUGGCAGAUAUGUUGGUUGGGAUCCUAGUCAUGCCUGUUUCCCUCAUUACAAUUCUAUACGAUUCUGCUUGGCCUUUGCCUAAACAGUUGUGUCCUGUAUGGAUUUCCCUAGAUGUGCUCUUUUCAACUGCAUCUAUCAUGCAUCUCUGUGCCAUCUCUCUUGAUCGGUAUGUAGCAAUACGCAAUCCAAUUGAGCACAGCCGCUUCAAUUCCCGCACCAAGGCUAUUAUGAAAAUUGCUGCAGUUUGGACCAUAUCGAUAGGGAUAUCCCUGCCCAUCCCAGUCAUAGGAUUGCAGGAUGACUCCAGGGUGUUUGUGAAUGGGAGCUGCGUUCUGAAUGAUGAGAACUUUGUCCUUAUUGGGUCCUUUGUGGCAUUCUUUAUCCCGCUCAUCAUCAUGGUGAUCUCAUACUGCCUGACGGUCCAGGUGCUGCAGAAGCAAGCGACGGUCUUCAUGUACGGCGAGGUGCCCAAGCAGCGAAGGAGCAGCAUGAACUGCCUCAAAAAAGAAAACAACACAGAGAACAUCUCGAUGCUCCAGAACCACGAGGCGGCCUCCCACUUGAACUCUCCCGUAAAUAAGGAAGCUGUGCUCUUUCGGAAAGGGACCAUGCAGUCUAUCAACAACGAGCGCAGAGCCUCCAAGGUCCUGGGCAUCGUCUUCUUUUUGUUUCUUAUCCUGUGGUGUCCAUUUUUCAUCACUAACAUCAUGUCCGUUCUUUGCAAGGAAGCCUGUGAUGAGAGCCUCCUGGGUGAACUCAUGGAUGUGUUUGUUUGGGUUGGUUACAUUUGUUCUGGGAUUAACCCCCUGGUGUACACGCUCUUCAAUAAAACCUACCGCAGGGCUUUUGCCAACUACAUCUGCUGCCAAUACAAGCCCAGUAAAAAAUCGACACUGCAACAAAACCAGUGUCUGAAUGUCGCUUCCACAGCUUCGUACAGGAAAGACCUUACUUUAAAUAGCUACCGAAACGGCAAUGAACUCAACAGCAUGGAGUUGGAUGAAAUGGAGGAGGGCUUAGAAAUGCAACCGGGGACUUCAGAGCUGUCGAUAAACAGCUGCAAUGUUGUAAGCGAAAGGGUGAGCUGUGUGUAAUCGAGUCACACCCGUGGCUCUGCAGCUGAAAUAUACCUGUGUAAAAACGUAUGUGUCACUCAAAGAACAAUGUAAAUACUGCAUCCUGAACAAAGCUUUUUUUUAAAAAAUUCAGCUUUCCAGCCCAGUGCUUUAAAUCAUACAUACACUGCAGUGAGGUUUAAGGUUCUAUAUUUACUGUUGCUACUAGAUCAAAAAUAUCUGGUAUUUUGCUUACAUCAUGGACAAAAUGCUGACAUUUUCUUCCAGCGUAUGAACAAAAAUGCUGAAUACUUACUCAGGUGGCAUUUGCUGGAGUCCAGAGUGGCCCAUUCAUAGUUAUAGAUCAAGGAAAACUUUUUUAAGUUGACGGUAAAUAUAUACUUUAAAUCCUCGCCCAUGUUAUGUGCCAUGCAACAGUGCAACACCAAAUCUUACCAGCAUCCUGGAAGGGAUCCCUCAGCUAAAGCGUAGCAGUAUCGCAAUGGAACAGUUGGCUAACCAGACUGGUCGCAUGGGGGUCGGGCUGGGUGACAUAGUGGGGCAAUGCCCCACCUUUCACACUGGAGCGCUGUGUUCAGUUCUGAUUUCCCACUUCGAUUCUGCAGUCCUGGCCUUUCAGGAUCAUUUGAUCCUGGGAUCCUGAAAUCUUGUACUGGUUUAGAAAGGCAGCGUUAAAACCAUCAAACUCUCUUGACCCUUUCUUUGUAAACAGAGUGUCUCUGGCUCUACCCUGAACCCUAAAAAUAACCAGAUGCAGAGCUCAAAGUGCGCCAGGCUCUGAUCUGCUUUCUCAUGCGUGUUGUCUGAUGGACUCCAAUGUGGUGGCUCACAUGAGAAAGGUGAACGGAGUUUGGCUCAGUGUCUGGCUCUGAAGCAACUGUUAGCUUCUGUUCAGAGCUUUUACGCCACACUAGUGCAGGGAGGGGUUGCAAGCAAAGUCUAUUAUUUAUAGCUGCUAGAUCAGCCUACUGUCCUUCGCUUGCUGCUGGGUCAGGUUGUUUGCUUUGAGUGGAUUCAUUGGACUCAGGUCAUUUGCUUUACCUCAGGAAGCGGGCUUUGGUUUCAUUAGAGCUCUCAGUUUCAUCUUUCCUAGCUUCUUGCUCUCACCAGUCUCACAUUUCCUUGCUCAUUCACAUGUUAGUUUUCUCGGCAGCCUGAGACUGGCAGUGUCCCAGUUCUGGAGACAGCAUUGCUUUCUUCUGCACACCCUGCCACCGCAACCCAGACUUCGUGCUUGUGUUGGGAGGGCUGCUGUUUCCUUAUGCCUUGGACUGUGAGCCUCCCCAAGGGCGAAAGAACCUUCCUAGCACCGUGAGCCCAGCUGCAUCAGAGUAAGCAAGGCCAUUGCUUGUUCCAUCCCAGGAAUGGGCUAAGCGCACCAGCCCACUUGGUAUAAACCAACGGUAAGCAACUGGCCCCAGGACUUACGAGGAAGUAGGCGAGGAACCGUGACUCGGGUGAGGGCCUGGAGCACAGUGCUGCUUGGGGUGAUGCAAUUAAUGCGCCACCCCUUGCUCCGAACUCUGCAUCAUGCCAGAGCUAGCCUUUAGUGCAGGGGUGGGCAAACUAUGGGCUGGAUCCGGCCCCUCAGGGCUUUGGAUCCGGCCCACAGGACUGUCACCACCCCACGCCACUCCUGGAAGUGGCUGGCACCACGUCUCUGCGGCCCCUGGGGGAUCGGGGGCAGAGGGCUCUGCGCACUGCUCUCGCCUGCAGGCGCCGCCCCCCGCAGCUCCCAUUGGCCGGGAAUGGGGAACCGCAGCCAAUGGGAGCUUCAGGGGAGGUACCCACAGGCAAGGUCAGCGCCCGGAGCCCUCUGUCUCUCCCCCGCCUCCCCGGGGGCCGCAGGGACGUGGUGCCGGCUGCUUCCGGGAGCGGUGCAGGGCCAGGGCAGGCAGGGCAGGUCCCCUUCCUGCUCACCACACCCCCUCCCACACUCCCUCCUGCACCCCAACCCCCUGCCCCAGCCCUACAUUCGUGGCCCUGCAUGCAUUUUCCCCACCCAGAAGUGGCCCUCGGGCCAAAAAGUUUGCCCACCCCUGCUUUAGCGGCUUAUACCUUCAUUAACUAAUUAACAAACGUGACAACAUCCCUGUAAAGUAGGUGCCUUUGGCGUGACCGGCAGUCUCUGCUUAUGAAAAGCCCGAGAAUAGCAAGGUUGAUGCAUGUCAAGGAUGAGUUGCAUUUGACUAAUGUUUUACUAUAAGCUUGUCAGAUUCAUAGGCACCAACUGGAACCACAAAGGAAGCGCAGAAUGGAGCUGUUGCUUUAGGGAAGGGGUUACACUGUUGAAUUGCACUUGACGGCCGUUAUUGCAGCGUGGCCCUUACAGGGUUCCACAGCUUGAACCACCUCGGCAUUACUCCAGUUUGGCUCUGGUGCAAUCCCACCGAAGUCCCCGGGCCGGAUUCUCCGCCCAUUCAUGUCACUGUAGAUCUGCAGUUCUUCCACUGCCGUCAGCGGAGCGACAUUGGCAUCGGACCAGAGUGCCACGGUGGUGACUCUAGCUCAUGCUCUGCAGGAAGGCAGCAUGCAGCAGGCAUUCUGCAGCCACACAGACACUGGCCUGAAUGUUGGGUGUGUCUCGCUCGCUCAUGCGUCCAUUUGUAUUUCUACAAUGGCACGGUAGCUGGUAGAAGAGGGACUGGACAAUGACACCACUUCCCUCCUCAGGUGGCUGCCCUUUUCUCUAGCUCAGGUUUGAAAUACUGCAAGUGCUGGAGGAGAUCAGAACUGGUUUCUUUCCUUUUGUUGAGUAUUUUUGCAGGGCGAAUUCACAGCACAUCUUUUCCAAAAAUAAAUCUCUCUCUAGAUUUUUUAAAAAGCAACCACAGACUUUAAAAGUACUAGCAAUAAGUUGAAUGAUACUAGCUUAUAGCACAUGUAUAAACAGUUCAUAUGUCAUGGCAUCCUAGUAUUUAGCAGAGGCCACAUGCAGGGAUCAUUCUUGAUUAGGAACCUUCCAUCCUGUUCGUGCAAGUACAGUAGUUAUGAUACAAAGGGAACCUCCUGUAUUUGGAUGUAAAUACUGAGAAGUGAAUAUAGACGCUACACUACUUUUAUAAAUGUUUAAAAAAAGAGCCUUUCACCCUGAGACUUGUACCGCCGGUGACCAUUGUUACUUAGCUGAAACAUUUGGAUGUAUCUUACCUGUUCAGAUGAACGUACGAGAGGACAGCCUUAGGACCCCCCCAUUCCCUCCCUGCCAGCAGAUGGGAACAUUUCUGUGAAUGCUUGAAUGCUGUCACCUCCCGACUUCUUUCUGGUCAUUCACCCCAAGGGUUUUGUGAUGCUGCUAUUAAUUUAUUAAAGAAACUUUGUUGGUUU